AUGGAAGGGAUUCCUCCAGACGGGGCUUCAUCUUCAUCAUCAGCCGUCAGGGCUCCUCCUUUGAGGGACGAGGAAAUUGCCCGAAUCUUGAAUCAUGGCAGUGAAGAGGAUGCUGACAGCGAUGAUGAAGAUGAAGAUUUAGUUCAGCCAUCAGCUAAUGCUAAUAAAAGUGUUCCUGGGGUGUGCACUCGCGCGAAACGCAUACCAGCGAGGCAACCGCGCACUACUUGGUUAGGAAAACACAAGUGCACAGAGUAUUGA